UGAGCAUUUGAGACGCUGCACGGCGAGUUGCGGGUAGCUGAGCAUGGAGAGCACUCAUUUUCCGGAGACGCCAUUGACUUUGGCCCUCACAGGGCCCAGGUUCCAGGCCCAGUCGGGCGGCAAUGGAUCCGUGCUGGACAAUGUGCUGCCCGAUAUGGCACACCUGGUGAAUCCCUACUGGAGUCGCUUUGCCCCAAUGGACCCUACAAUGAGCAAAAUACUCGGCCUGUUCACCCUGGUCAUCCUGAUUAUAUCCUGCUGCGGCAACGGAGUGGUGGUCUACAUCUUCGGCGGAACCAAGUCGCUGCGCACGCCGGCCAAUCUGUUGGUCCUGAAUCUGGCCUUCUCCGAUUUUUGCAUGAUGGCCUCCCAAUCGCCGGUGAUGAUUAUAAAUUUCUACUACGAAACCUGGGUCCUGGGACCGUUGUGGUGUGACAUUUAUGCGGCCUGCGGCUCCUUGUUUGGAUGCGUUUCUAUCUGGUCGAUGUGCAUGAUUGCCUUCGAUCGGUACAAUGUCAUUGUAAAAGGCAUUAACGGCACACCCAUGACUAUCAAACUGGCCAUUAUGAAAAUCCUCUUCAUCUGGCUGAUGGCUGUUUUCUGGACCAUAAUGCCGCUGUUGGGCUGGAGUAGCUACGUGCCGGAGGGAAAUCUGACAGCCUGCAGCAUCGACUAUAUGACCCGCCAAUGGAAUCCGCGAUCCUACUUGAUAACGUACUCGCUUUUUGUCUACUACACGCCCUUGUUUAUGAUCUGCUAUUCAUAUUGGUUCAUUAUCGCCGCCGUGGCCGCCCACGAAAAGGCCAUGAGGGAGCAGGCCAAGAAGAUGAAUGUGAAGUCGCUGCGCAGCUCUGAGGACUGCGACAAAAGCGCCGAGGGAAAGUUGGCCAAGGUCGCCUUGACCACCAUAUCCUUGUGGUUUAUGGCCUGGACGCCGUAUCUCAUUAUCUGCUACUUUGGAUUGUUUAAAAUCGACGGCCUCACACCUCUGACUACCAUUUGGGGAGCCACUUUCGCCAAGACGAGCGCGGUUUACAAUCCCAUCGUAUAUGGAAUCAGCCAUCCCAAGUACCGGCUCGUGCUUAAGGAAAAGUGUCCCAUGUGUGUGUGCGGCAACACGGAUGAGCCCAAGCCGGAUGCGCCUGCCUCCGAUACGGAAACCACAUCUGAGGCAGAAUCAAAGGCUUAAAUAAGAAACGAAAAUACAAACGCAAUUGCCUGCAAGAGGCACAAAAAUUCGAAAUAAAAGUUAUACGCAACCAUCAUAAAUUGAUGCAAAAAUGUAAAAAAAAUAAAUUAAAAUAUAAAAGUAGGUUAUUAGGA